UCAUCCCUCGAUCAGACACGGCGACUGAGCAUGCUUUAUUACAUAGGACCUACCAGCGCAUGAUGGACAUGCACUUCCUCCGGUUGCAAGCCGCUCCCAGGACAUCCAUUUUCUUCCGCACCACCGCCCCCGCGCACGCCGCCUGCCACGAGAACUACAAACCCUACCCCAACGCGCAGGAAGCGGAGGCCGCGGACGCGACACUGCAUACCCGCCUUAUGGCUCUGGCGCCAAACGCGGCGCGCCAACUGACAUGGUCGCGCUGGGACUGGGACCAGUUCAAGGUCCACAAUGGGAUGUGGAAGGUGGCUAUCGAGAAGGCGCAGAAGGCCCGUUCGGCGUCGGACGCGGGCCCUCGGUGGUACUACCUUGAUAUUUACGGCCUGUCGCUGCAGCGCCCGGACGCGCACUCGAACCCGGACGAUGAUUGUUUGCAUUGGUGUGGUCGGUCGGUACCCAUUCAGUGGACGCGGCAGCUCUAUCAUCAGCUCAAGUUGUUGGACAUGCAGGAUGGGUCGGUUAUGCAGGGAGGAUCGGUUUGAGGCGUGUCGGGUCCGUUUUACCGCAAGCUUGACAAGCGCCGGUGGUACGCCCUGAGCCCAGGUAGUUUGAUUUAUUCUGUACAUUAAACGUGGAGUCUUCGACACAUGUCCUUCAUAUCCGUGCACUGCAACACGGCUCCGUGUAGCUUGGAAGGUGCUACAUAC